GGGUUGUGGGACGAUAUAAAGCCGGUAUUGCGCGAUUGUGAAGAGAUAAGCCUGUAAUAAACUCAAAUCGAAGUAUCGAACCCUAGCUUGUCAGCGAAACUCUUCGCGGUUGCGGCGAAUUAUCCGGCCUUCUUCUUUUCUCUUAGCCUCUCCUCGAAAGUCUCGUUCUCGAUCUCGAUCUCUGUCUGAUUCAGGUGUGUAUAAAUUUCACAGCUUCCACCGACAUGGCUAGUCGCAUUCAGUUUGAGAACAAUUGUGAGGUUGGGGUAUUCUCUAAGCUGACAAAUGCCUACUGUUUGGUUGCAAUUGGAGGAUCAGAGAGCUUUUACAGGUUAGUGUCUGAAAAUGCACAAAAAGAAUACUACUCAUGUUUACUUAUGAACAACUUUAUGGUUUGUCGAUGCAGCGUGUUUGAGUCUGAGUUGGCUGAUGUUAUCCCUGUGGUCAAGACCUCUAUAGGAGGAACUAGAAUUGUUGGACGACUUUGUGCUGGAAAUAAGAACGGGCUUCUUUUGCCUCACACCACAACAGACCAAGAACUACAACAUCUGAGGAACAGUCUGCCUGAUGGUGUGGUGGUUCAGAGAAUAGAGGAAAGGCUAUCUGCUUUAGGCAAUUGCAUUGCCUGCAAUGAUCAUGUUGCUCUUACACAUCCUGACUUGGAUCGGGAAACUGAAGAGCUCAUUGCGGAUGUACUUGGCGUGGAAGUGUUUAGGCAAACGAUUGCUGGAAACAUACUAGUGGGGAGUUACUGUACAUUUUCGAAUAAAGGGGGACUGGUACACCCUCAUACAUCUAUCGAAGACCUUGAUGAACUGUCAACACUUCUCCAAGUCCCUCUGGUCGCCGGAACAGUGAACCGAGGCAGUGAGGUCAUUGCUGCUGGAAUGACUGUCAAUGACUGGACGGCUUUCUGCGGAUCUGACACCACCGCAACUGAGCUCUCAGUCAUUGAAAGUGUCUUCAAACUAAGAGAAGCACAGCCAAGCUCCAUCGUAGAUGAGAUGAGGAAGUCUCUCAUCGACAGUUAUGUGUGAGCUCUUGAGAUUCUAGUUACAAAAGUAUGCCUGGAUAAUAUCUACUGUUACUUUGCAUAUGGAUAUGCAUCGCUCCCAAUGCUAUUUUAAUUUAAAGUCUAUGGAUUCAGACACACUCAAAAUUAUUUAGAUGAGAUUUAGAAGGAAUCUUACUUAAGAUUGUAUGAAUUUAUAUGAUGAUUUUGCUUUA